CAUAGCCCACGAUCCAUACUGGUCGUGUACAUUUUUUGGUCCUUCGAGCCGGAUACACGGCAAUCAGUUAAUAUAAAGAUUUAAAGUGAAAGUAAUAAAUAUUGGAAUACAGUCAUAUGGUGUGAAGGAAGGCACGAAGUAACAUAGAAACAAAACUUUGUACAGUGCAGUUUGCAAAAUCGUUUUCUUUUCUCGUGAAUUUUUCAUACGAUUAUAAUCAUGAGGAUUGAACAUAUAAUUAGUAAGAUAGAGCAGCUUCUAGGGCUCAGUAAAUCAAUAACUGAUUCUUAUAAUAACUUGGUAAGGAUUGGCUUGACUAACAUCACCAAUCAACGUAUUCACAAUCGGCUGUCAGGGUGCUGUCACAUGGCAGUCAGAAAUUCGGAAAACGGAAUCUCGGAAAAGUAACGGAGAGGGGGUCAACCAAUCAGAAUCAUUUUGUUCACAUGCGAAUGUUACAAGGUUGAGCUUUCGGAAAACAGUGAUCUUUCUGAUUUGUAUGAGAAGAAGUGUACACUAUUUUCGUGCUAAGAGUUUAUUUUAUCAUGAAUAAAAACAUAUCGGCGAGGCAAUUUACAUGUGGUUAUUGCAAUUGGGUGUUGAAAGAAAAUCAAAUCUCAUCACAUUCAUGUCUAAAUAUGAUUGAUAGAAAUAAACAGGUGUUAGUUGCGGAUGACAAUAGACAUAUUUACAUACAAGAUAUUCAAUACUGUGUCAACGAAAAUGAUGAAGAAGGAAGUAUAGAAAGAAUAGAAAAUGAAAUAGAAGAAACAGAUAGUAAUACAUCUUAUUUAAAAAAUAAACAAGAGAUUGACGAAGAAUUGAUAAAAACUGUUCAAAAACAUCCUCCAUUAUAUGAUUAUCGCAUUCCAUUAAAAGAACGGGGUCAACAAAAGGCAGAUUUAUGGAGGAAAAUAUCAGAAGAUUUAAAAGGAAUAUAUACACCAACAGAGGCAGAAAAAAGAUGGAUAUAUCUCAAAGAUCGCUACAGAAAAUCAUUCAAUAAUUAUAAAAAAAUUUUAAAAGAAUCUCAGAAAAGCGGUGCAGCUGGUAUUCCUAAAAAUCAACCAUUUAAACCAUCAUUUAAGCAUCAUCACUUAAUGAGUUUCCUAAAUGAUAUUUUUGAGCAUCGUUCAUCAAUUUCUUCUAUAAGAAUGGGAAAAAAACCACAACCAUCAACAUCAAACGCAGUAGAAAAUGAAAACUCAUUAGAUGAAGCAAUAUUCGUCAAUACUAUCGAUGAAGAAAGUAAUGAAAUUCCAUCUCCUACUGUUUCAUGUAGUAACACUUCAACAUUGCCAAAAAAAAAAAAAAGAAGUUCGGGAAAUUCGGAUGAAUUCGACGAAACUUUAAUUGAAAUGUUAAAAAAACCUUCUGAGCCUGAUCCAGUUAAUUGCUUUGCGAUGCGUUUAGCAGAGGGAAUGCGCAGACUUCCCUAUAAAGAAAGAUCGAAAUUGGAACUAGAAUUUUUAACGAAAUUAAUGGAAGUAGAAGAACGAUUGGGAUUGGAAUGAUUCAGUUAAUUAUUUACC